AUGACAGUGGAAACUAAAAGUUACGAUCCACAACUACAAACAGUACCGGUAGACAUUUUCAUCAAUUUAAAGCAAGAAUCGGAGAUAAGUGACCAGUCCGAUUUCUCGCAUACUGGUUUCACAUUCAAGUCUGAGGAAAAUUACGCAAUGGUGGAAACUUCACAGUCGGUUUCACAACCAUCAACAUCAACAUAUCCGGAUUCGGUAUGGCAGCGCAAGGUGCAUGCUUAUGUGGCAUCGUCAGGACAGGAAAUACUAAAUGAUGAUGAUUUCAAUCAAAAUUUAAAACGAGCUCUGGAAGCAAUCAAAGCUGGCAUACAACCAAUACGAAUUGCAGCUGGCAGUUCCGGAUCAUAUUUCAUACGUGAUAUCAAUUAUCAAAAUAUAGCGGUAUUCAAACCAAAAGAUGAAGAACCAUUUGCGCCGCAAAACCCCAAAUGGCCAAAAUAUUUUCAGCGUAUGCUUUGCUUUUGCUGUUUUGGAAGAGCAUGCCUUAUACCAAACAACGGUUACAUAUCAGAAACUGCCGCUUCUCUCGUUGAUGAAAAGUUACAGCUUCAUAUAGUACCGAAAACACGAGUUGUGAAACUUGCUUCACCAGCAUUUUACUACAGAAACGGAAUAGGCAAUAAAAACAAAGGACCAAAAGGAAAAGAUGGCAGUUAUCAGUUAUUCCUGAAUGGAUAUGUAAGUGCCUCAGAUAUUAUACCGCGGUGGAGUAAAGGAGGCCAAUUAUGUCCAUUAACAGCGGCAGAGAUUGAACGAUUCAAGUAUUUAUUUCAAAAACUGUGCAUUCUCGAUUACGUUAUUCGGAAUACAGAUCGACAUAUGGAAAACUGGCUCAUUAAAUAUGAACCAGGUAAAGUUUUGGAACUUGCUGCUAUCGAUAAUGGUUUGGCAUUUCCAGUGAAACACCCCGAGACAUCCAGUCGUUUACGACAAUUUCCGUUUGCUUGGGCACAGUUGUCAUGGGCUAAUUAUCCAUGGAACGAAGAAUUAAGAACAUUUCUACUCCAACUGUUAACACCACAAUUUGUACAAAACUUAUGUGACGAUAUUGCCACCUUAUUCAAGUAUGACCGUGACGUGAAUCGCUUUUUAAAGUACAGUCAAUUGCGGGUGCUCAGAGGCCAGAUUUGGAACUUACGAUUAGCAUUAAUGAUGAAGGAAUCACCGGCAGAAAUGGUGAAACGGCCGUUAGUUCUUGUUUCACGGCGCUAUCGUCGUUAUCCACCAAAUGAUGACUGGAAUCGAGCAUUUCGAGUGAAACCAGCUGACUUCGGUGGUCGAGGAUGUUGCUGA